GAUAUGAUAUUCUCUUUCCAUUCAUUUUCUCUCUCCCCAAACACCAUUUUCUCUCCCACUCUCUCCUCCUCCGCAACACUUCCAUUUCUUUCUUGUGUUAGACUCGAAAAAAGGAUUCAUUAAAGCUUUGCCUUCCAUGGUGGAUAUCGCAAAGUGCUUGCCAUUCAAUGGAACAACUAUCAAAACAGAGUUUAAGAACCUGUUUUCGAUCGUUAAAACGAGUAGAACACUGGCUCUCUUCAUUCUUUCCUUCGUUGGUUUCACUCUUUUCUUAGCUUUUGGCCCUUCUUCUCCUUGGUUUACCACUUCCUCUGACUCUUAUAGAUCACAAUUCCCUUCCCUUUUUGGUUACUUAUUUCCCAACACUUCAUCUCCUUCAUCAUCUAAUCACACUCUGCAACCAUUACCCAACGAUAAAAACAAAGGCACCCAACCUUUCAACAACAGUGAACAACUUCCCAGUUCGAAUAACACGAAUAUAAACUAUACCCAGAGUUCAUUUUUGCAUGCAAAUCCGCCUAGUACAAGCAGCCCAGGUGAAAAGAAAGACGAACCCGAUAAUCAUAGCACAAUAGCUGAUGCAAACGCUACCGUUUUAGCUAAUCAGAGCACUAAUUUUCCAGCUAAACCUGAAAAUUCCAACAAGGUAAGAUUUAAGAAGGGGAAGGGGAAUGAGAGUUUGGUUGAAUCAUUGAAGAUUUGCGAUUUGUUUGAUGGAAACUGGGUGAAGGAUAGCUCGUAUCCGCUUUAUGAACCUGGGUCAUGUUCCUUUGUCGAUCACCAGUUUAGUUGUUUCGCCCAUGGAAGGCGUGACAGAGGUUAUCUCAAAUGGAAAUGGAAGCCUAAAGUCUGCACUUUGCCAAGGUUGAAUGGCGGGCACAUGUUGGAGAUAUUGAGGGGGAAACGACUGGUAUUUGUGGGGGAUUCCUUGAACAGAAAUAUGUGGGAAUCUCUACUUUGCAUCUUGAAAAGUGCUGCAAAAAAUCCAAAAACUGUUCAUGAAGUUCCCGGAGGGCGUUAUUUUCGAGGAGAACCUUCCUCUAGUAUCAUUUUCAAUGAUUAUAAUUGUUCCGUCGAGUUUUUCAGAUCUCCGUUCUUGGUCCGACAAUGGCAAAUGCCGGACGAAACGGACAAAGAAAAAUACAUGCUCGAUCUUAUCGGAAGAUCAUCGGAGAUAUAUAAAUCCUCGGAUAUCCUGGUAUUCAACACCGGGCAUUGGUGGAAUCAUGAGAAAACAUCCAAAGGGGAAGAUUAUUACCAAGAAGGUGAUCAUGUUUACGAGGAAUUGAACGUUGUCGAGGCGUUUCGAAGAGCACUGACAACGUGGUCUAAAUGGGUGGAUGACAAUGUAAAUCCUUCCAAGACUAUGGUGUUCUUUAGGGGUUACUCUGCUACUCAUUUCAGUGGUGGGCAAUGGAAUUCCGGUGGUGUGUGCGAUUCCGAGAUGGAGCCAAUAAGGAACGAGACGUUGCUAAGGCCGUACAUGCCUAUGAUGGCGGUGUUAGAAUCGGUGCUGGAGGGGAUGAAAACACAUGUCACCUACUUAAACAUUACUAGAUUGACGGAUUUUCGAAAGGACGGUCACCCAUCGAUCUAUAGGAGAUACCAUAAGCAUGGUAUUACGGAGAAGGAAAGAACGGAGAGUGUAAAGUACCAGGAUUGCAGCCAUUGGUGCCUUCCUGGUGUGCCGGAUACAUGGAAUGAGCUCCUUUAUUCUGAGCUCCUUGUUAAAGAAUAUAAGAUGAGGCAACAUCAACACAAGUUUAGGUAAAUACAUCAUUCAAAUUUAGAUUUGGAAUGAAAACAUUACAUGAAAUUGAGUAUUCUGAUCUAUUUAUUUUGUCACUACAUAUAAAUCAUGAUAUUCGGAUAUGGAGAAUUAACUAUUUUUUUAAGUACUGAUAUUGUAUUGAUUUAACUUGACAACUUAGUACUGUCAAUUAAAUCAUGUCAGUAUUUCAUGUAAUAGUUUUGAUCAUUGGGUUUGUUUGUACAAUGAGAAUCACCUUCAA